AUGAACUGUUCGUCACUUGGGCACCAUUUUUGUGUUGUUUCAAUACUAAUGGGAGCCCUUGUAGCCAAACUUGUCAGGACAACAUCCCCUUCAUCAUUGGUUCUUGUUUUUGCAAUGUCUUUGGUUGUUGUUUGUUGUUUUGGUGCUUCAGAAUCUGAUUUCUUAUUGAAGUUCAAGGAAGAAUUAACCAAUUCAACAUCUCUUACCAAUUGGAAUCCCUCAACAGGACCAUGCGAUUGGAAUCGUGGAAAUUGGAUUGGUGUUCUUUGUUUGAAUGGGAGUGUUUGGGGUUUACAGCUUGAAAACAUGGGAUUAACUGGUGUGAUUGAUGUUGAAACAUUGUCAUCGUUGCCUAAUUUUCGAACGAUAAGCCUAAUGAACAACAAUUUUGAGGGUACAUGGCCUGGUUUAGGGAAGAUAGAGACACUAAGGUCAGUUUAUUUGUCGAAUAAUAAGUUUUCUGGGGAGAUUCCUGAUGAUGCAUUCCAAAGAAUGGAGUCUUUGAAGAGGGUUUUGCUGUCGAACAAUCAUUUUACGGGGCCAAUUCCAUCUUCGCUCGCUGAAUUGCCUAAUCUCGUGGAGUUGAGGCUUGAUGGCAACCUUUUUGAAGGCCAGAUUCCUGGUUUUAAAGAAAAUAGUAUGAGAAGUCUAAACCUAGCCAACAACAAUUUGGAAGGUGCAAUCCCUACAAGCCUAAGUAAAAUGGAUGCCACCUCCUUCAAAGGAAACAAAAAUCUAUGCGGACCACCUCUACGCUCUUGUGAUGUGCCUAAUGCAUCCAAGAGUGCCAAGCUUCUUAAAGUUGCAAUUACUUUGAUGGUUGUAGGGAUUAUAUUAGCAGUCAUUGCUGCAACAUGUAUCAUAAUCCAAUGUAAGAGACAAAAUACGAUACAAUUAGGACGAGCCACAUCGAACGACUCAAACAUGAUUGCAUCUUCUUUCCGAGAGGAGCCUCACAAAUUACCAGUAAAAGGAGGGCACUAUAUGUGGAGGCCUGAUCAAGGGAAGUUGUCAUUUGUGAGAGAUGACAUAGAGAGAUUUGAUUUGCAAGACUUACUUCGAGCAUCAGCGGAAAUAUUGGGGAGCGGGACAUUUGGGUCCUCAUACAAAGCUGUGAUCAUGAGUGGCCAAGCAUUGGUUGUGAAAAGGUACAAACAGAUGAAGAAUGUGGGGAGAGAAGAGUUCCAUGAGCACAUGAGAAGGUUAGGGAGGUUGCGGCAUCCGAACUUGCAGCCUCUUGCUGCUUAUUAUUACAGGAAAGAAGAGAAGUUGUUGAUUUCAGAGUUUGUGGAGAAUGGUAGCUUGGCUAGUCUUCUACAUGGAAACCAUACUGUGGACAACCCGGGGCUUGAUUGGCAGACUCGAUUGAAGAUCGUUAAAGGCGUGGCGAGGGGGUUGGAUUAUCUCUACAAGGAGCUGCCUAUAGUUGUACCUCAUGGUCACAUAAAAUCUUCAAAUGUGCUUAUAGAUGAGUUCUACGAGCCUCUCUUGACAGAUUAUGCAUUAAGGCCAGUGAUCAACCCUGAACAUGCUCACGCGACGAUGAUUGCUUAUAAAUCACCGGAGUAUGCACGCGAAGGCCAUACAAGUGGUAAAACCGAUAUAUGGAGUCUCGGAAUACUAAUCUUGGAAAUCCUGACAGGAAAGUACCCGGAGAACUACCUAUCACAAGGUUAUGAAAGCAAUGCAGACUUAGCAACUUGGGUGAACACAAUGGUUAAGGAAAAAAGAACGAGCGAGGUGUUCGACAAGGAUAUGAUAGGGACAAAGAAUAGCAAAGGGGAGAUGAUAAAUCUUUUGAAGAUUGGAUUGUGCUGUUGCGAAGAAGAUGUUGGCAGAAGAUUGGGAAUUAGACAAGUUAUGGAAAAGAUCAAUGAGCUUAAAGAUGGUAGUGAUGCUGAUGAAGAUCUUACCUCGAAUGCAAGCGAAGGAUAUGCAUGGAGCUCAAGAGGGACUGAUGAUGAUUUCUCCUACUCGAACCGAUAGAGACGAAGAUGUGAAGGAAAGGACAGGGAAUUCUUGAAGGGACAGUAGACCUCGGGGUCGUGUGCAUUGACUUGAGAUGAAUGUGAAGAUGGAGGAGGUUGUUGUAUGGAGAUUGGCUUUUGUAAUUGAUUUCCAUGAGGAAGGAAAUGCUGCACCUUCAUGUGCAGAGUAAAUGGGUUAUAGACUUAUAGUUGACAGGAGUCUCGUGCUUUAGGGAUUGGAGAAAAUGUUAAAAGAGAAAGAAAGAGAUUGC